UUGAAAAACAGCCGACGUUGAGCGCAUCUGAUCUUCCCCGAGCACACAGAGCUGAUGAGGGGUUUGCUGACGGUGUGAUCCGUGCGCGAUGGCCGCUUCGUGCGGACAGAAGAGCGAGAAGUUAGAUGAAGCGCAGGCUCUGGCGAGGAGCUGUGCGAGGCGACCGGACUUUCUGCCCUGCGAUGGACUAUCAAUCUGCGCCACACACAGCCACGGGAAGUGCUUCAAGCUGCACUGGUGCUGUCAUCUGGGUUGGUGCCACUGUAAAUACGUCUACCAACCCAUGACCAGCGUUUGCCAGCUUCCCAGCACAUCAAUUCCUGUUGCCCCCUCAGAUCAUACCCACACCAUGAACCUGUCAAUCUCCAUGACCAAGCGCUUCCUCAGGACAGCUCCCAAGUUUCGGGCUCCACCCUGUUCAGAGUUGCUCAAGUUCUGUGUCAUCUCUGACCUCUUUGUGGAUGAUUACAUGGUCAAACGUAUCAAUGGUAAAAUGUGUUACGUACAAAGACCGCCUCCACCAACAGCAAACCCUACACACCUACACCAAUCGCCAGCACCUCAACCUGCACCCCAGCAUACCAACAAGCACACAUGCCAUGUGGGCCUCACUGUAAAACACGUCCAACUGAGCGAGAUAUCAGGCCCUAAAAUGGACCAUUGCUCCUCUCCCUCCAGCUCAGAAGAUUCUGGAAUCAAUGCGUUGGGUCUGCACUACAUGGAAUCAUAUGAUGAGGACUCCUGUGUGGAUGAAGACGAGGAGGAAGAGGAAGAUGAGGAGCUGAGUACCGAUGGUGACUCCAGCCCUUGUAGCCUCUGGGAUCAGGAUGAGUGCACUUUACUGUCACCAUCCAAAUCAGCUGUUGAGAUCAUUGAGAAGAUUGAGACUACAGUUUGA